GGAGCGUAUCUGAAUAGUCGCGGACUCGCGGGGAGUUAGUUAUAUAUAUAUAUGUAGGUUAGGUUAGUAGUGAUAGAUAAAAUAAGGGGCUAGUUUGCACCGUCACAUGCAAGAAGCCUACUAGGUAGGAAAUCCUGCUCUUUAAUAAGUCCUUCAGCUUAAACACCACAUAACCCCCCUGAGCCUAGUCAAUUCACAAUGGUGCCAAUGGCAUACCUGAUGCGAAACCCCUGUAUCAGUAUCUAUUUUCGGCAACAUAUGCUGACAGAUGAUCCAAAUACUCACCUAGAUCCUGGCAUUUAAAGCUGCAGCUAGUCCCGGAAGUGGUAGGUAUACAGAUCGAGGGUUGUCCCCCGCGAACUCGAACUACUUGGCAUAGUCGUGUCUACUUUGAUCAUCGGCCUCAAAAAAAAUGUCGUUAUCCUCAACGUCAAUCGAUAGGGACAUUCCACUCACACAGACAGCUAUCGUCGAGGAUUCCAAUGGCAUCCCAACACUUGUACACGACGUGCCAGUGCCGGCUCUACGACCAGGCACCAUUCUUAUCAAAACAGCAGCAGUUGCGAUUAACCCUUGCGACUACAAAAUGGGCGCCGCCUUUCCGAGUCCCGGGGCCGUAGUCGGCAUAGACUUCGCGGGCCACGUCGUCGCCGUAUCCCCCGAGACAACGCGGUCAGAUAUACGCGUGGGUGAUGCCGUUUGCGGCGUCGUACACGGCUCUAAUCCCGGCGACCACGAGAGCGGUGCUUUUGCCGAGUAUAUCCUCGCUCAAGCGCAUUUGGUCCUUAAGGUCCCACCCGGCCUACCCCUGGAGCAGGCGGCAACGCUCGGGUGCGCGCUUCUGACUAGCUGCAUUGCGUUCUGGGAUGCGCUGCGGAUUGUGCCGGAUCCAGAAAACCCGGCAACGGAGCCGCUGCCGGUGCUGGUCUAUGGCGGCAGCACGGCUGCUGGGACGGUGGCGAUUCAGCUGCUGAAGUUGUCUGGUCUCAAUCCAAUCGCAACAUGCUCACCACGGAACUUCGACCUUGUCAAGUCCUCGGGAGCUAGCGCCGUAUUCGACUAUAGUUCGGUGGAUGUUGCGCAGGCCAUCAAGACGCAUACUAAGGGCCGUCUCCGCCACGCACUGGACUGUAUCGCAGACCAAGAGUCGACUGCGUGCUGCUAUGCCUCCUUUGGGAGACCUGGCGGCCGCUACGUGUCAUUAGAGGCCAUCCCAGCCGCCUGGAAAACAAGAGAAGCUGUCAAACAUGAGUUCAUCAUGUGCCUCGAAGGAAUGGGCAAGGAAGUGAUACUGGGUGGGGAAUAUGGGCGCGCGGCAAGCGAGGAGAAGCGUAAUCUGGCAGCGAGAAUGUUUGGUGUGUUUCAAAGGUUGCUAGAUGAGAAUAAAUUGAAGACACACCCUGUUGAAGUGGUCGGGAAAUGCUUCGAAGAUAUCCAAAGGGGGGUGACUAGAUUAAAGUCAGGAUCGGUCUCUGGUAGCAAGCUUGUUGUGUUGCUCAAUUAAGUGCUUCUAUGUAAGCGGCAUGCGAUUAUCUACGAUAGAUGCCCUAUUAAUAAACUAAUCCUUUUUUAUGGAUGUAUUAUACCUAGGUACGUGUUAGGUAAGAAUAGAUAUACACUAGAAUUCCUGGAUAGGAUGUUGUAUUAUUAACGGAAUUUGAUUUUAGGUAGUGUCUCAAUGGACAUAUGAUGUUCACGAGUAGUAAGAAGUCUCCCAAUUCAACGCUUUCUGUAGCCGACGAUGCUUUGAGCCUGUUGGAGUAAGGAGUAGGCGGCGCGGAUUUUGAUUACCUAGCUCGUCUUUACCAAUCUGAGCCUAAGUCGGAUUUCUUUAUGGCAUGUAGAGUUGAACUGUUCAGUCCUAAUCGUGCCUAGUCGAAGACCUUAACCUGUAUUAAAAGUCCGUGAUGCCACACGGCGUCUAUUAUUGAAUACCCAUUGGGUGAGAUUAGUGAAAGCACAUGGCCAUGUAUAUAUUAUGAGCAUCUCACAAACAUCUCUCGCAUACGUCUUCAAGCUUUUAUGCACAAAAAUAUCAUGAAAAUGAACCAAUGGCAGUAAGUAAGUACUGACACCGGUACCGGCUUGUAUGUAGAAGGUGAACUAUAUCGAAGACAUCAGUGAUGUCUUCCACCCAACCAGCCUACUAGGUGCCCAGG